AUGACCAACGACAAAUACAAGUCACUCCAGACUAUCAAAAGUGAGCCCCCCCAAGAGAAACCGAUCCCUGGCUGGAAACCCAUCUCCCUGUCAACUCCAAUCCUCUCCUUCGUCAUCUUCAUCACCAUCCUCCUCGCCGGCGCCAUCGAGACUCUCGCCCAGCGAAGCGCAGCACGGGGCGGACUCGCCUUGUCCCCGUCCCUCGACCAAAUACCGAAAUCCAUCAAUCUUAGUUAUCUCUAUGGCCCCACCACCAUCGCUGUUCUAUACAGCAUAAUCUGGAGCUGGAUCGACCUGGACGCGAAGCGCAUGCAGCCGUGGUUUGAGCUGUCCAAGCCCAAGGGCGCCACGGGCGAGGAUUCGAUCUUUUUGGACUACCAGUACGACUUUGUUGCUUCGGUCCCUUUCAAAUCUGCGCGGAGGAAGCACUGGCUUGUCUUCUUUGCAGGGACUUCCAUGGUCAUUGUUUUCUGGCUACUCACUCCCUUACAGAGUGCUCUAAUGGGCACGAGUAUUGUUGCCCAGACCGAGCGGGCCACAAUAAGCUUACGAUCGCAAUUACGUCCGUUGCGUGAGCAAGUUGCUCUCAUCACCCCCCAUUUCCUCACCACGGCCUACGCCAUCGAAUGGCUUGGCCAGCCGUAUCCCCAGUUCGCGACAUCCCAGUAUGCUUUGCUUCCGUUCUACUUGCAGGAUGAUCUAGCGCCUGUUUCGGUCGCGUCAAACUGGACGGCUGCAACGACCAAGUUCACAACCGAGCUGAGUUGCUGGCCAGCUGAACAUGAGGUAAGCUUUCCCAAGGGAACAAUAUCCUACGACUUCUUCAACGGUCAAGGAUGCAAUGCGUCGGUUGAGUUUACCACGUACGGAAAUUAUUCAAUGAUUUACGUCGGAUAUGCACCCAGUGACUACUCGCAGUUUGCUCUGGAGAGUCCCAGUUGUCCCAAGACGGCCAAUUCAACCCACCAAUUCCUGGCCAUUUGGGCUGCUGAAAUCGAUGGCCCUCGCUUAGACUCAGGAAAUCCAGACUUCAACAUCACGGCCAUCUUCUGCCAACCCAAGUAUUACAAACAGCAGGUGCUUGUGACACUGGAAUCAGGAGAUCUCAGGCCCAUAGAUGAUUCCAUUCAGGCUUUAUCCCCGCGGGAACUUUUGACCGAGGAGGAAUUCAACUCCACCGCGUUCGAAUAUCUUCUUGCGAAUGGAAUGUCUGAAAGCGACAUCACGAGGGAUUAUCCCUUCAACAGUGUCACCGAGCAACUCCCGCUUCUCGAAAAUGCCACUCUCUCUCGUCCCAUCUCCAACAUGGUCGGCUUUGCUUUGGCAGGGCAGAGUGCGCCUCUCGUCGACUAUUCUUCCCCAGAAAAACUUGCGAGCAUUUACCAUGAUGCUCACCAACACCUGUUUUCUGUUGCCAUUGACGACUUGCUCACCAACAGCACAACAAUGACCAACCGCACGGCGUCGGUCGACUUUUUCCUCUACGGCGUGGUGGUUAGUAGGGUUUUCGCAACGACUGUUGAAUGCCUACUGGGCGUCGUCGCGGUUUUCACUGCUCUUGUACUGUGGUUUAGUCGUACCGCACUGAGCAAUUUGCCGAAGAAUCCCUCCACUUUGGGGAGAUAUCUCGACCUCUUUCGACACAGCCCCGAGCUCCUUCAUUCAUUCCGAUCGAUGGACAACACCAAUGAGAAAUACACCGUGGAACAGUUCCGAAAGGACGAAUUCCAGCUGUUUUAUGAUCGCUCCUCGAAGCGUACCAAUGUCACUAUUAAUAAGAUCCAGUCAGACGUGCCGAAAUCGAUUGGGGAGAACCUGAAGCCCCAAAAGGGCUACUACACACCCGUGAAGCCGUGGAUUCUGAGGAGAUGGACCGGGUCUCUCUUUAUUAUCGUUCUUGUCGCAGGAAUCGCUGGCCUCUCCUACCUGAAACUGCAGGAAAAGAAGCUAGGUGGGCUCCAACGUCCAUCUGAAAACUUUGAGGUUUUGCAACUCCUGACAAACUACGUUCCAACGAUAUUCGCCACCUUGAUCGAACCCCUAUGGGUCCUCUUGAACAGGAUGCUCUGCGUGCUGCAGCCGUUCAAGGAUCUCUGGGAAGGGAGCGCACGAUCAUCCGUCUCGAUGGACGCCACGUAUACUUCUGUCCCGCCCCAGCUCGUCAUGUGGAGGGCCAUCAAGUCCCGCCAUUUCAUUCUCGCCCUGGUAUGCCUAAUGGCUCUCCUCGCCAACGUGCUUGCCGUUGGCCUUGGUUCCUUGUUCAACGAAGCACCUACAACGGCAACGUACCAAGAGGUUAUACAACCAGCUUUCGCGCCCCGGUUUGACAACGAUACAAUCUACAGUUUUGAGGAUUACCUCUUCGACAACAACAACGACGCGCUCAAGUACCAAAACCACUUUUACGUCGCCAUGGCCAACAUGGUAUCUGGAACGGCCUUGCCUCCAUGGGUAUCCAAGGACUACUUCUUCCAGCGGUAUGACCUACCUGACUCUGACAAGACUGCAGUGGGAGAUACAUACAAUGUGACGAGCCGGGGAUUCGGACUCAAUGGAAAUUGCACCGCGGUAUCUGCUUUCGAGGUGUCAGCUGACCUGGAUUACACAUGGCGGGACGGUACUUGCCCAAAUCUCAUUGAAAGAGCCGCUGGGAGAAUGCGAGACUCUUUCCAGCCGGAUGGCCAGGAAGGCCCAGCAGGAAUCGAGUGCGUCUUCACUGCGAGCGGCUCGACCAUUCCUGAAAUUUGCGACGUGCCCCUGACCAUGGGGUGGGCUCGUUCUGCCAAUCUGACCGACGACGACGAGCCGAUGGAAGCCAGCUUUGUUCUAUGCGAGCCGAUCUUUGAGACGGCCAUGUUUAACCUCACGAUUGACUCUUCCGGGCAUGUUCUUUCGUAUCAGAAGACAAGCGAUCUGGAGACGACCUUGGGUUAUGCCGAGUCAAAAGACCACACGGACGUCAUGAUUGAGAACUACAAUCAUCAAUGGGACUUAUACGCACCCGAUUGGCACAAUGACACGGUGUCACGCGACUGGAUGAACUAUUUUAUAUUCCUCUCGACAGGCUCACGGGACGCUUUGGAUCCAACAUUGUCCACACCUGAUCCCGAAGAGCUCAGGCCGGUAGUGGAAGACAUGUACCGUCGGCUUUUCCCCAUCUUUCUGAGCUUGAAUGAGCACUUCCUCGACCACACGAACAUGGGCCGGUCCAUCACAACCACUCGAAGCACCAGCGAGACCAGAAUAUUCAUGGAAGACAUCUCAUUCAUCAUCACCAUCGUUAUUCUUGGCAUGAACACGGUCGUGGCAACGAUUUUCUAUAUCCGCGCCGUUGCAUUCGUCUUACCGCGCAUGCCGACCACGCUCGGUUCGAUCCUGGCGUACAUUGCCCCGAGCCGACUCGCAAGUCCUACCCUGGAACAGGAGAAGGACAAGGAAAGUCGGACAUUUAGUUUCGGAAGAUAUAUCGGUGUCGAUGGGGAUGUGCACAUUGGUGUUGAGAUGGAUCCUUAUGUUGUCCGCGUAGAUCCAGCAUCCCUAAGGAGCGGGAAUGGCUUUUUCAGUCGGAUGCGUACUCGCUUUUCCCCUCCUACGCAUGAGCCAGUUAGAAGCGGGCCGUGGAUAUGA